AGAUUUAUAUUUGAUAUAAAAUUCAUUAUCAAUUUAAAGAUAUAACUCAUUUUAUAUCCGGUUGGAAUUGAACGAGGAACUAUUAAAAUCCGAACGGAGGAAGUAAUAUUCAUGAUAUAUGCAUUAAUAUCCGAACUUAUUUAAAUUUAUUAACAUAUUAUCCCCGCCUAGUGAACAAAUGUUAGCAAGACCGUUUAUAGAUUAGUGGAAAACAUGCAUUAAUCAAUUACGACUAUAAACAUCGCUGAUCAAAAUAAGAAUUUAUAAACAUCUGAAUCUACUCCUACUCAAAAUAUAGUACAGUAGUAGCAAGCAACUGCUCCAUCAUUUUUACUUAAUAAUUAACUCUCCCUAGCCCCUAUGGUUUCGGGGUUGAAGACGGGGAGCUCCAAGGCAGAGGGUAGCUAGGCAGCAAUUACAGUAGAGAGAUGUCCAUGGACUACAGGGUGAAGAAGAAGAAGAAGAAGAAGAAGAAGCAGGGAACCAAUUCCAAAAACACAGAGAACCAGUUCCAGUGUUUGCCGGACGACAUCGUACUAAACAUCUUCGACGAGCUCUCGGACAUCAAAUGGCUCUGCAGAUGCUUCGUCGUCUCCAAGCGGUUCUCUUACCUUAUCCCUCGCGUCCAAACGGUCUCCGUCAAAAGAAUCUCUUUCAACAAGGGUUUGCUUGGAAAAGACCCCCCCAAGCUCUGGCCUCCUUUUCCGUUGAAUGUCCCCGGCUUCGAGUUCCUCUAUGUUUUGACACGGAUUCGAUCCCUGAAUCUCAAGAUCGACUCCGACUUCAGCCGUAACAAUGAUUCUGUUUUCAAAUGGGCGGCCAAAUUCACCACCAAACAGGACAGCGUCUCGUUUCUCUAUGCGAAAUCUCUCACUAAAAUGAUGGAGAAAUCUGAAGCAGAAGAAGGCGAAAUUGUGAAUCAGAUAUCUCUGAAAAGGAUGAUGCGCCGGGUUAAAUUAGGUGGUGAGUGCCUAAAACAUGCAGUGUUGUGGCUAGCAAUCUUGUCUCAUGUUGUCCUGCAACACCCGACGCUUCAGAGCAUUACCGUCACCGAUUCGAAGAACAAAGGGGUAAAGCUCUGCUUGGCUGGUGAAAAGCUAGUGGAGUUCAGGAAUGCUUUCCAUUUGGACAGGGUGAUUUCGUUGCUCGGGAGUUGGACGGCAGAGAAUAUAAGGGUUGGGUAUGUGCCUAUUAUACUACUCCCUAUGUCUCGGUAUGUGAUGAAAGGGGUGACCAUUAUUGACUUCAAAUUGUAUUGUGAUGGUGAUUCUGAGGCCGAUUCGGCUAUGGUGGAUGGGUUUGCGGGGGAGCAAGGUGUUUUUUCUGAAGCCAUGGUGCAGAUUCUGAAAAACCACAAGGAUGGUAUCAAGGCAUUCAAUUUCUAUGACCAAAAUUGAUGCUUGAUCUUAAUUACUGUAUGUCUUUACUUCUUCUUGUUGUUACUUCUUUAAUUUCACUUAUCGACUAAGAACUUUGUCGCUUUGCUAGUCAGUUGAAUAUAAGACUAACCAUCAUAGGAGUGAUGAAAUUAUAUGGAGUUUGGAUUAUGAACUAGAAUUGUUCUAACCGUGCCUACAUUAUUGGAAGAUUUUUUUAGGGUUCUGCUUUCAUGUUUUUUUUUUACCGGCGGUUCUGCUUUCAUGUUGUGGUUGUUGGAAAGCUUGGAUUUCAUUGCUAUUGAAAUCAUUGCGGGCCAGGGUGCUAAUCUUUGAUUUCAGCAUCAAAGCAGCAAGGAGAAAUUCAAUGGUAGUAGCACUUUGCAUAGAUCACAUUCAUGGCAGCUAGAGUUACCAAGAGUUAAAGAGUUGUAGAAACCGUUCUCCAUGCACAUUGUUAGUGUGAGUGAUCUGAUGGAUUGUGAUGAUGAAAGGAUGCAAUUGGUUAUGCAAACUCCUGAACCCAUUUGAACUGAUGAAAACAUGAGGGAUUAUGGCAGGUUUCACCUCUGGUUACCGAAACACUCCAUAUUUUAGGAGAUCCAUACAACUUAUUUUGGGGAUCAACUCACAAAAUUGAUGCUAUA